AUGUCGCAACGAGUAAAAGUUUCCACUCAUACUUUACUGGCACUAUUAGUAAUACUGUUAGUUUCAUCUUGCAGUGUUGUCCUUGUUGCGUAUGGUUAUUCUUUUUCUUCAGCUCAUAAUAAACAACACUUUCAUCAAGUAGUAGGUGUACAACAGGAAGUAGAUGCUCUUUUGGAAUGGACAUCAAGCCUUGCGAACCAAAAUCAUUCCCUCUUCUCUUCUUGGAUGAUGAAUUCUACUGCAAGUACAACAUCUCCUUGCAAGUGGUACGGAAUCACUUGUAACAGCAAAGGAAGUGUUGUGAAAUUGAGGCCUGGAGAUUCUUUCCCUAGGGAUAACCAUCUUUCUGGUAUCAUUCCUCAAGAUUUGGAAAGGCUAAACUCUCUUAUCCUUUUAGCUUUGUACGAGAAUAAUCUCAGUGGUUCAAUCCCCAAUUCUUUAACCAAUCUGACCAGGUUGGAAUCUCUUUCUCUUCACACAAAUAACUUUUCUGGCAUCAUACCACGAGAUAUAGGAAGGCUAAUUUCUCUUACCUUCUUAGGUUUGUACGAAAAUAACCUCACUGGCUCAAUCCCAACUUGUUUAACCAAUCUGACUAGGUUGGAAACUCUUUCCCUUCAAACAAAUAACCUUUCUGGUUCAAUCCCUGCUUCUGUGGGUAACUUGAAAACUUUGUAUAAUCUAUAUCUUUCUUAUAAUCAACUAAGUGGCUCAUUACCAAUAGGAAUCCACAAUCUAACACAAUUGAAAAAGUUGUGUUUGAACGAUAACAAGUUUAAUGGUUUUUUACCCCAAAAUGUUUGUCAAAGCGGAACACUUGAAAAGUUUGCGGUAGGAUAUAACCAUUUCACGGGUAGGAUACCAAGAAGCCUUAGAAAUUGCACCAGCCUUAGAGUUCUGGAGCUUGAGGUUAAUGGACUGGUUGAUAAUAUAACAGAGGCAUUUCACGUAUAUCCGCAUUUGGAGAGAUUUGGUGCGAGUAAUAAAAUGUUGUACGGUGAACUCUCAAAAGACUGGGGGGAUUGUCAAAAUUUGACAGGAUUAUCUUUCUCACGGAACAAUAUUACUGGUACAAUACCAUUUGAAAUGGGAAAGUUGAAGAUUUUAACGGUACUUUAUCUUCAUUCAAAUAACUUAAUUGGGGAAAUUCCUAUGGAGUUGUUGAGUCUGUCUUCGUUGAUCAUGUUAGAUUUGAGUCAUAACCGUCUUUACAGUAGGUUUCCUUUUGCAAUUGGAAUGUUAUCCAACCUACAACAUCUCGAUCUAUCAACCAAUAAACUCAUCGGUUCAAUACCCAAACAACUAGGGGAGUGUUCAAAGUUACUAUCUUUGAAUUUGAACUCAAACAAUUUUAAUGAUAGCAUCCCACCCCAAAUAAGAAACUUGGAUUCACUACAGAUUUUGUUAGAUCUUAGUUACAAUGAGUUGAGUGGAGAGAUACCAUCAGCUUUCGGGAAACUAAGCAAACUGCAAACACUAAAUUUAUCCCACAACAGGCUUUCCGGCUCAAUUCCAUCUUCAUUUGAUCAAAUGGUUAGCUUGAUCACCGUUAAUAUUUCUUACAAUGAGUUGAGUGGUCCUAUUCCAAAUAUCAAGGCCUUCAAGGAUGCUCCAGCCGAUGCACUGAAGAACAAUAAAGGGUUAUGUGGUAAUAAUUCCAGAGGUUUAAAACCAUGUAAUUCCUCGGUUGUUAUUAUUGGAAGAAAAGACAGCAAUGAUAAUAAACUUGCGUUGAUAAUACUACUUCCGUUGUUCGGUUCGUUGUUUCUUUUAUUUAUACUUUUUGGAAUUUGGUUUCGCUUUCGGAAAAGAUCAGUAAGAAAUGACGCGCCUUCGAAUCCAGCAAGAAAAACCAUUACUGGAAGAAAUCUAUUUUCGAUUUGGAAUUAUGAUGGAAAAAUUGUGUUCGAAGACAUGAUUGAAGCAACCGAGGAUUUUGAUACUAAAUACUGCAUUGGAACGGGAGGAUAUGGGAGCGUUUACAAAGCAGAGCUGUCAACAGGUCAAGUUGUUGCUGUGAAGAAACUUCACUCGUCAGAUGAAGAUUUUGAGAUAUCUGAUCUUAAGUCAUUUGAAAGUGAAGUUCAAGCAUUGACAGAAAUCCGACAUCGAAACAUUGUGAAACUAUUUGGUUUUUGUUCUAAUGUAUAAAGGAGGAUAUCAUUUUUGGUCUAUGAGUUUGUGGAAAGGGGAAGUUUGAAAAAUGUUUUAUGUGAUGGGGAACGUUCAAUGGGGUUCGAUUGGAUAAAGAGGGUGAGAUUCAUCAAAAGAACAACUACUGCAAUUGCUUACAUGCACCAUGAUUGCAUUCCUGCAAUAGUUCACAGGGACAUAUCUAGCAACAAUAUUUUAUUGGAUUCUGAGUAUGAAGCUCGUGUUUCUGAUUUUGGUACCGCGAGGAUUUUGAAGCCAGAUUCAUCCAAUUGGACUUCACUUGCAGGAACCUAUGGAUAUGUUGCUCCAGAGCUUGCAUAUACAAUGAAGGUGACAGAAAAGGGCGAUAUUUAUAGCUUUGGGGUGGUCAUAUUUGAAGUACUAAUGGGAGGGCAUCCAUCUGAACUCAUCACAUUAAUCUCGCAAAUUCUUUUGCAAUCUUCAUCUGCGAGUAAUGUCGGGCAAAACACAAAAUUAUGAGACAUUUUGGAUCAGUGCAUUGAAACACCACCAGAUGUUGUUCAGAAGGAAAUAAUGUGUAUUGCGAAAGUUGGAUUUUCAUGUUUACGUGGAGAUCCACUUACUCGUCCAACCAUGGAAGAAAUAUCAGCACAACUAUCAUCAUCAACUCUA